AUGAACCAGCAUGUCAGAGAUAUUGAUGUAAAAAAGACCUUUUAUCCCCAGGCUGGAAUUGGGAUCUCAGCAAACACCAUCCUGCUUUUCCUCCAGAUUGCAGUUUUCCUUGUGGGUCCCAAGCCCAGGCUCACUGACCUCCCCAUCACCCAUUUGGCUCUAACACACAUCCUCAUGCUCCUCACCACUGGACUUCUGAUAUCUACAGACAUCUGGGAAGCACAGGACAUCACAAGUGACUUGAAAUGCAAAGUACUUCUCUUUCUGUACAAGGUCAUGUGGGGACUCUCCAUCUGCACGACCUGUGUCUUGAGUGUGCUUCAGGCCGUCACCAUCAGCCCCAGUGGCUCCUGGUUGGCCAACUUCAAAUCUAAAUCCACAAAUAGUAUUCUAGGGCUAUUUCUCUCAUUAUGGGUCCUCACCAUGUCCAUCCACAGCAACCAGUUUUUCUUCACUGUGGCCACAUCCAAUAGGACCCAGUCUGGUCUUCUUUUCAUCACUGAACACUGUUCCUUUCUGACCAUUAACUGCAUGCAGAGGAAAGUCCUGAUCACCCUCAUGGCAUGUAGAGAUGUCUUCUUUGUGGGCCUUAUGGUUCUUUCAAGUGGUUACAUGGUCAUUUUCUUGUACAGACAUAAACAGCGGUCUAUGUCUCUUCACAGUUUCAGGUUCUCCACAAAUAGCUCCCCAGAACAGAGGGCCACUCACUUCAUUCUGCAGUUCAUCUGCUGCUUUGCCUUUCUGUACUGUGUAGACAUCAUCAUUUCAUUGGUCAAAGGCAUAACAUGGAGAAAUGACCACAACAUUGUAUGUAUCCAGAUGCUUGUGGCCAAUGGCUAUGCCACAGUCAGUCCUUUUGUAAUCAGUGCAGAUACACAAAAAAUAAAAAAUUAUUCCAACCAUAUGGGGUAA